CUAACUGCUGGUCCCAAGAUAAUUCUUUUUUUAAAAAAAACAAGUGGGUGAGACGUGAACGCGCAGGGGUGGGGCGAGGCACGGCGGCCAGCAGGCCGUCCGUGUUGGGGAGCAGGUGUGCCCGGUUGUGCCGGAGCCCCCGUGGAGGUGGGCAGGGAAGAAGCGCAUGGUGGGCCUGAGCAGGCAGCCCUGGUUAGUCUCCACAGUGGGGUCUCCCUAGCAACGGGGACUUCAUGGGGGGACUCGGGACUCCCUCAGUAAGGGGUAGAUCCGGGAGGCGGGAAGAGCUCAGGACAGCAGGCGUGGCCGCAGGAGAGGGGCGCGUGUUCCGGGCGGCUCUGCACACAGGGCCGUCACACUGGGGCUCUUCACACCGCGGGGUCCGAGGCCAGGCCAAAGAACACGGUGAGGCCCUGCGACCCGACGGCGUCCCGGCAGCAGCGUCCGUUCUGGGGUUGCUAAGAGGCAGUUCCAGAGCUCGGCCGGAGCGCGGCCCUUCCAGGCGAUGGCUAAGAGACGGUUUUUCGGUAGGCGAGUUUGGGUCCGGAUCCGCAAGUGCUUUGUGAGGCUGCGUGAAAGCCUCCGGGAGUUCUGGAGUGUCACCGUGAAGGGCCUCUUCGUCGCGAGGGAGGAGGAGCACGUCUCUUCGACCGAGAGCAUUUUUCACAAAGACAAGAUCACGGCGCUCGGCCACGUGCUGAGGAAUGACUCUGUCCGCGUGGAGCGCAGGGCGCAGGCCGCGCAGAAGAUCGGGCUGCUGGCCUUCACGGGAGGACCCGUCGCCGGGAAGUUUGCAGCCGAGUACAUGAGGGAAGUGGCUGACUUGCUGCGGAAGCCGGAGGUGACCCCCAAGGCAAAGAUCCAGCUUCUCCAAGGCCUCGCCUGCUGGUGUUACUUGAACCCUGUCGCCCAAAGGAGGGCCAGGCAGCUGCAGUUUCUUCCGACUCUCAUUAGUUUUUUUGAAACCAGACUCGAGUCCACUAAGAAAAGUGAGAUCAGCAGCUGCCACCUCCUCAAGUUCUGGACGUGCUACUCGCUCUCCGUCAUGGCCUGCAACAACCUGCCUCUCAUCAAGGAGCUCAAGGAGAACGGUAUCCUCAAGUACCACCUGCAGGCCAUGGCCACCGAGAACUGGUCAGGGUGGUCCGAGAACUUUGCCGAGGUGCUCUACUUCCUGAUCGGCUUCCACAGGAGCUGAGUGCUCCGCACCGUGGUGACAGCUUCCUGUGCUACCGGGCUGCCCGGAGCCCCAGUAAAGGUCGGUCCACACUUGACUCUGCGCGCUUCCUUUUCAGGCUAGCGAUGGCCCGACGCGACGUUCGCAGCGCGGGUUCUCAUGGUUAGCUGGCACUGACCGCUCUCUGAACACCCGAGGGCCGACCCCACAGCCGGCGGUGAGGAGAGCUGGAUUCCGCAAGGCCGAUGGUUCACAUCCUGGCACGUGUGCGAGCGUGUGCCCCAAAUCCCCAGAUGGAGAAACGGA